AUGAAGAUCCUGUGUGAUGUAUGUGAUAAAGAUGAAGCAUCAGUAUUCUGUGUGGCGGAUGAAGCCGCCCUCUGCGCCGCCUGUGACCACCGUGUCCACCAUGCCAACAAACUAGCCGGAAAACACCAUCGCUUCUCCCUCCUCCAACCUUCACCUGAACAAUUAACAGUCUGUGAUAUCUGUCAGGAGAAGAGGGCCAUCUUGUUCUGUCAACAAGAUAGAGCAAUUCUAUGCAAAGAGUGUGAUAUUCCAAUACACAAAGCAAAUGAACACACUCAAAAGCAUAAUAGAUUUCUUCUCACUGGUAUAAAGCUUUCUGCAACUUCUGCUCUUCAUUCUUCAUCAUCAUCUUCAACAUCAACAGAAUCCCCUUCAAAAAAUGUUUCAGAUUCUGUUCCCAACAUUCAGUCCCACACUUCACUACAUAUGCCUGUUUCUGUUUCUUCUUCUGUUUCUGAAACCCCUACCAAUCCACCACCUUUCACUGCAAAGACCACUUCAGUGAUGGCGCCGCCGCCGCCGCCGACAUAUGACAAAAGUGGUGGAAAUAUUCAACUGAUAAAUGGAGAAAACAAUGGUUCUACAAGUAGCAUAUCAGAAUAUUUAAUAGAUACACUUCCAGGGUGGCAUGUUGAAGACUUACUUGAUUCUUCUUCUACUGGUUUCUUUAAGACUACAGAAAACGAUGUCUUGUCUUUCUUGAAUGCUGAUCUUGGGAGCAAUCUGAGUUCUUUUUCCCCAGAAAACAUGGGGUUUUGGGUCCCUCAAGCCCCUCCUCCUUUAUAUUAUCCAACACAAAUUCAAUCAUAUCCAACUUUAAACACAGCAUUUGGGGCACCAGAUGGAUUAAAGGAGUUCAAAGAAAUAUCAAACAUCAAAUCCAGCAGAAAAUGGAGUAGUGAAGACAAUUCAUUUGCUGUUCCACAGAUCAAUCCACCUACCACUGCCUCAAAGAGAUCAAGAACUUUUUGGGCCAGGGUGCUCAUCCUUAGCAGGUGGUGCAAUGACAGAACUCGGACCCUUCCGAGUGAUGGUAAAACUCUAUGUGUUCAUUCUGUUUGCCUUUGCCCUGAGAAAGGUCUUUCCCUUGACAGUGGCCUCAACUUCAACGUUGUCGUGACUGUUGCCACAAUAAAUGAAUUGUUAAGUGCGAGGCUACUGGCGUCGGAACUCGGGUUUGGAUCGAAAUCAAAAGUGUAUUGUUAUCACUGGACAAUUUGGCUUCGUCCACAUGAGAGGAAUUGUGGUGGGGUGCCAAGAGGUUUGGGGGUGUAG